CCUCCCAGUUAUGUCAUUACUUCAGUUCCUUUGAAUCUGAAUAAAAAGUGCAGCAAACUUCAGACUCAUUGACUGCAGGCUUAACAAGCGUCGGGGCUUUUCUUCUUUCUGCAGCUUGAAAGGAUCUUUGGAUUUUGCAAAACAGUCCCGAGAAAACAAUGGCAAACUUCUUCUUACGGGCAACUUUUGGAUUAUGUCUGCUGAGGCUCUGUCUAACAGAAACAGAAUUCAAUGUAAGUUGCAGAUAUGGAGGAGUUUUUCAUGUUGAAAAAAAUGGUCGCUACAGUCUCACACGAUCUGAAGCAGUUGAACUCUGCAGAGCUCUCAACAGUACCUUGGCAACACUAGAGCAGCUGAAGAAAGCUCAUGAGCUUGGAUUUGAAACUUGCAGGUAUGGUUUCGUGGUGGGGCAUAUUGUUAUCCCACGGAUCAAUCCCUAUCACCUUUGUGCAGCAAAUAACACUGGCAUUUACAAACUUUCAGCAAAUACAACUGCUCGGUACGAUGCAUACUGUUACAAUGCGACAGAAACAGAGGAAAAAACAUGUGAGCCAGUUGUAAGAAUAGAUACUUCUUUACUGAGUAAUCAGGAUGAAACAGUCAUUGACAACGCGGAUGGCUCCCGUUACAACGUGGAUGGCACACGUCACACCGGCGGAGAGUCCUCAACCUCAGGGGUGGAUGAUGAAAAUGCAGGGAGUGGAUCAACCCAUGAGACAACUCCCAUGGAUGCUUCCAUCAGGAGAUCCAGCCCCUCCUAUUAUGGGAGUCCUACUCCAGUCUCACAGCUGACAGAUCAUACUUCUGGAGGAGGUGAAAAAGGAAUUACUGGAAAAGAUUAUGAUGAUGAAUUUCCAUCUGUAUCACCUGACAUCUCUUUGGGGACGGUGGCUGGUGAUUUCCAUGAAGAGGAUGACGGGCAGUAUCCUGCAAGUACUACUCCAGGGCCUCAUCCUGACAACCUGGAGGAAACCACCACGCAAGCUUGGUGGAAUCCGUUCUCAGACCACUGGUGGUGGUCGAAUCCCGGAGAGAAGACACAAGAACCCACGCCAGCAACCAAGGCAGAUGUGACCUCCAGUGGCAGUGAUUCAGAUGAUGAAGACUCUUCUGAGGAGAUGAUGUACCCCACAGUGUUUCCAGGCUGGGGCAGGAGUGUGGCCAAGGACGAGACUGCUCUGAGUACGACUCCAGGGCCUCAUCCUGACAACCUGGAGGAAACCACCACGCAAGCUUGGUGGAAUCCGUUCUCAGACCACUGGUGGUGGUCGAAUCCCGGAGAGAAGACACAAGAACCCACGCCAGCAACCAAGGCAGAUGUGACCUCCAGUGGCAGUGAUUCAGAUGAUGAAGACUCUUCUGAGGAGAUGAUGUACCCCACAGUGUUUCCAGGCUGGGGCAGGAGUGUGGCCAAGGACGAGACUGCUCUGAGUACGACUGUGGACUCACAACACGAAACACUUCUGGAAAUCACCACGCAAGACCACUGGAACCCCACCUUUACUGAUGAAGAGGAGCAGUAUCCUAGCUCUGCUAGCAGGGUACCAGUUACAACUGAAAAACAUCAAGGACCAACCCAACAUCCACUAUUACACAGCAUUCAUUCUGGAGGGAUCAGGCAAGAACAAAAUCCUGAAAAUACCACUGGCAGUAUUGAACAACAUGAAUUUACUACUGCAGGUGACAAUUAUUUUGGAAAGGACACUUCUACAGCUAUGGUCCCCAGCCAUGGGGCCAAACAGAACGACUCAGCACAAGACCCAUUGGUGUACCCAGGCUGGGAUGAGGGAGAGGAUUAUGCCACACAGCCUGCUGUGACGGAGAGAGUCACUCCUUCCAGAGAGAACUAUCAUGAAAGAGAGUCUUCCACUACAGCUGUUGCCUCUCCUGAUGGUGCCCACCACAAAGAGCCAACUCAACCACAUCUGCCUUGGGAUAAUGAAUCAGAAAUGAGCACUGAAGGCAUCACGAAUCCCACAGAUGCCCCGGGGGAUGAAGUUCUCCACAGGACCACAGCCACUAUGAUCAAAACUGUCACAGCCUCCACUGACAUUCUGGCACCAGAAGAUAUAACCCAGGAAGGAUGGGCACCUCACCUUGUGGUAACAGCUGCUUCCUCUCCUGAUGGUGCCCACCACAAAGAGCCAACCCAAACACCUCUGCCUUCAGAUGAUGAACUGGGACAGGGCACUGAAGGCAUCACAAAUCCCAUGGAUACGCCCAGAGAUGAAAUCCUCCACAGGACCACAACCAGUGUGACCAAAACUGUCAUAGAGUUCCUGGAUGAUGCUGACCAAGAGAAAGCAACCAAGGAGCCACUGGCACCUGGCACUGCACCUGGAGGGGAAGGUGAACCAGCAAACACCACAGAUGGUUCCCAUGUCCAUGUCCAUGGGAUACCUGGAGUUUUUUCAGACAUUGAGGACCGUUUUAUUCCCAUGCAGACUCCUCUUACUACCAGCUCUACCUCAAGUGUGUAUGGUAACCAAGGACCACACAAGGGAGAUUAUGAAUCCACUACUUCCCCUGGAGAGAACACCACAACAAAAAUAGCUUCACAACCAAGGUCGGCCCCUGUACCAGACUGGCUGAUCAUCGUCGCAGCUCUCGUGGUGCUCGCAUUGAUCCUUGCAGUGUGCAUUGCUGUUAACAGUCGCAGGAGAUGUGGACAGAAGAAAAAGCUAGUGAUUAACAAUGGCAAAGGGGCAGUGGAGGACAGGAAGACAAGUGAAUUAAAUGGAGAUAUCAGCAAAUCACAAGAAAUGGUGCACUUGGUUCAUAAAGAACAGUCAAAUGACCGAACACAAGCAUGUGAUGAAUUCCUGACUGUUAAUGAAACACAAAACCAUCACGAGUUUGACAUGAAGACUGGAGUGUAAUGGUACCACUGCCAAGCAGAUCAGGGCUGGGGAAACCAAAGUCACGCAGAACUUGAACAGGAAUUCACAGAUGCACUGUGCUACUGAUGUCUUUUGAACAUAAGCAUAAGUUCUAUUUCUUUUUAAUCACUUUGCAAUGACGCCUGAGUUUAAAAAUUGACAUGUGCUUUCUGAAAUACACCCCCAAGAGCUGGAUAAUGCUUUCAGCUCCCAGACCCUUCACAAAGUGAAGUCCCUUCACUGUGUCCUGGAUGCUAGGAGGCAUACAAGUUGACAUCAUUAUUCCCCAGAUGGAAGGUCUUCACUGUGUGGAGCUAAAGAAGUAUCCAGUCACUCCAUCUUACAGAUAUUUAAAGUAUUAAACAUGCCAUGGUACAGAAUUAAGUGAGGAAAAAUGUCAAGAGUAAAAAAAAUCAAGUUUAAACCCAAAAGGCAUCUUCUACAAUGUCUGCAACAUCAGAAUCCUUCAGAAAUGCCUUCUAGCCAGGAAUAGCAGUGGGUACAUUCAGAUUCUGCCAGCAUAAACAAAAAGCAACAUUUUAUAAUUGUGUGGCUUGGUCUGCAAUGAGGGAAACCUAGAAGGACAGCAUUUAUUUAUCUCUAUUUUUAAAUAUCUAUGGACAUACAGCAAGUCUUCUUGGGAGGGGUAAUAAAGGCAUGAAAAUAUGACCUGAAACAUAAUAAACUUCUAUUCUUUAUUAUCCUAGCUACCUGUACAAUUAUCCUUCAGUUUUUGUUCAUUGCUUUUCUCCCCCACUCAUUCAUUGGUCCAAUUUUGUGCAUGUUUUUAAUGAGCCUGUUAGAUAAAAUAAGGACCCCAGCUCUAUCACAUAUGCACAAAUCAAGCAAUUGAGAUCACUAGGGAAGCUGACAGUAUUUUGUUCCUGAAAAUAGGUCUCCAUAUUCCUGCUCCAUUAAGGAGAUGCUGAGCCUAUUACCAUUUUUCCCCCUACAACUAUUAUAUGAGAUUGCUGAUAUUUUAAAAGUUGCUUUUCUAUGAUCUCGCUCAUUUCAUCAGAAUUCUAGUUCAUUUACAUUUUUUUCCAUCUGCUUUUUAAAAAUGCCAAAAAGAAACAUUGCUUGCUUUUUGGUAUCAGAGGCUCAAUUUCUACAGAAAAGAUCAAAGCAAAUGAAACCCUUCCCAGCCAUGUAAUAUAGUACAAUAGCUGAGCUGCAUUGUUACAUGUUUUUGUUAUGUCCUUUUGUGACUGUUAUGUAAAGUAUUUGUAUUAAGCUAUGAUGCUGUGCAUUAUAUUGAUAUGAAUUGUCAGGAAAAAAAUUAUUUACUACCAGUGGUCUGUGCCAUUUUUAAGAAAGCUUAUUGGAAUGGAGGGAGAAGUUUAACUUCUAAUUGGACUGCCCCCAGGAAAUGCAGGGGAAAACGUUGCUCUGUGUCAGCUGAGGGACGUGGAUGGUCUGUAGCAGGGAUAUUCAGGAGCUCUGUUCACUGACCAUAGACCCUGUCUUCGUUCUGCUGAAGUAUGUUAUUUUAUGUUCUCCAUCUGAGGCAGUCUGGAGGAUGAAUAUUCAGCUGGCUAAAUGCUGACUUUAGCUAGCACUGAUCUUUACUGGAACAUAAAGCACAAGACUGCUGAGUAUAUUUCUGAGUCACAGCCCUCCAGCAGUUUCCCAUGUGCUUCACAGAAAUGCUCAAGUGCCCUGGUAUCUGCUGGCAGAUCUCCUCAGGGCAAUUUACACCUGGGCAAAAAGUCCCAAGACAAAGUGAUGUUUUAAAAUACACAUAGGAUGUUUUCUGACUUUAUGUAGGUCAGAUAUUUCAUCUGUGAACAGUGCAUUGAUUUUUGUUUAAUGUUUUUAAGCACGCUUUUCUAUUUGUCAUUAGAAAUCAAAAUGAUCUGUUGAAGGCUGUGUUUAAACUGGUGUUAGGUACUCAUUCCACUAAGUAUGGAGAUCCAGAGUAAGAAUUAUUCCUCCCUUUAAAUCCUAAAUGAAUAUAAGUCUCAGUGAGGAUUUAUUUCAUUGUCUUGGAGGUUAAAUUUCUCUUUUAAAAAACCAAAAAAGCUGUGGCAUGUUAUUCAUCUCCCCAUUCAGAUGCUGAAUGAAGAAGUCCACAAACUUCUUCGUAAUUUAUCUUACAGUCAGUUGCUAUAAAAGCACAGACAACACUGGUUGGGUUAUUUGUAUAUUUUUAAAUGGGAGAUGCUCAAGAGGCAAUGCCAUUAUUUUAUAUAUGCUGAUUCUUUUUAGAUUAUGUCCUGUGACUUAUGUGUAAUUGUUUCAUUAUAGUUUCAAAACUAGACAGCCAUUUCAUAUGUGUAAUACAGUACAUACUUUUAUUAAUCUUGCUUUUAUUAUGAGGGGUUGUUUUUUGUGUGUAUGUAUUUUUAUAUAGAGCACUCGAUAUAUUUGCAUAUUUAUUUAACAGAUUAAUCAAAAUGAAAGAAAAUGCCAUUUCUAAAUUGUAACUAGAAAUAAUAUUGCUAAAAACAUAUUGGACUUUAAAAUAAGCAUCCAAAAUAAACCUGAUUCCACACUGAGGAUAAAAUGUAAGUCCAGCUGUUGGUGGAAGAGAAGUAUUCAGCCGGAUAGUGGUGUUGAAUACAGUGAUUUUUUUUCAGCUUGCAAGCUCCAAGCCAGGUGAGGUGAAUGCUGUGUGACCUUGUCUGCUCUGCCGGCUUCCCAUAGGCUCCACCGAUGCUCUGGGAGUUAGUGAUGAACUCAGCUUUCUCUUGGAAGCAGACAACAGCUACAACAACUUGGUUCAGUUCAAGAUUAACUCAUUGAAAUCUUGAUGACCAUUCCUGGCUCGCUGAACCAACAGCAUUUGGAGAGUGAAGCACCCAGCAAGAUCCAGCCCUUCCUUCUGGGUGCUGACAGACAAACUGUGUCUUGGUCUGUCCUUGGUGCCUAAGAAGAAUGAGGAUCUCUCCUAAAAAUGCUAAGGAGGUCAGACCCUGCAAUCAGCUUGUGUCACUCCUUUGUCUUGAAAAGUUCCAAAUAAAUGUGAUCCAGACCAGUGGAAAUACUGUCUAAAGCAGCAAGCAUACUUAAGAGAGGCUCUGCAUAUUUUAUGGGAAUGCGAUAUUUUCAUGAAGCAUUGAAGGUUGAUUGCUUCAUUUGUAUUUUGUUGAAGUUCUGACAAGGAAUAUUUGAUUAAAGCAGAGAAAGGA